CUCUCAGUUGCUCAGCGGCAGUUGACAGCGUCGGUUCGUGGAUCAGCGAUCGUGGAUCGUGAUUUUUGGCCCGCCGCUCGCCAAGGUUAAUUAGCCAAGAUUCGAGAUUCGAGAUUCGAGAUACGAUAUCCGAGAUUACACCGAGAAAAAUAGGGCGAAGAUCACCAUCGAUCCUCUAGUGAUGUCGUUUUUUCGUAACAUACGCUCCUCCCUGUCCUCGUCGUCGCGGGCCAAGACUUCCCGCUCCUCAUCCCGCGACACGACCCCGGUUCGCUCCGCAUCUCGUCCAGGCAGCGUGAUCAGCGGAGUGGGUUCUCAGCGCCGGGACUCGACAACCAGCUCGACUUUGCAGCGCGGCGAUACCUUCAUACUGCCCAAUUCCGAAGAGGAGGCGGGACCGGCAUCGAACACCUCCACCCUGGAGAAGAAAUCGAAAAAGUCCAAGGUCUUUAGCAAGUUCAGCACUUUUACCAAGCGCAAGAAGACUCCAUCCCCCGAAGAAGUGGCCAGCUAUGAACACCAUCCCAGUGAUUCGGCCACAAAUACCUACUACAAGUGGCGCAGCGAUGGUGCGGAUCGUCUCCAGGACUACGAUGCUCAGGCCGAUCCCUUCAACUUCCUCUACGAACAGCACUCCAAUCGGAGGGCUCUGCAGUCGGGUGAACCCAGUGGUAUCCAUCGACAGGCCAGCAUUGGUUCCAAUUCCAGUGGCAGCUUCGAUUCAUCCACCUACCGUAAGAGCAAAACACCCACGCAUUUGCGGGAGCAACUGGAGCAGCUGAAGACCCACUCGAACGAUGAUCUGCUGGAGGAUCAGCAGCGGGAGGAGGACGAGCGGGAGAAGUACAAGACAGUCACCCUGAAUAGCUUUAGGAAAUCCUUCAGGGAUCGCCUGCUGCAGCAGCAGAAGGAGACGCCCCACAAUCCCGCCUGGUUUGUGGAAGUUCCCGCUCAACAAUCGUCGACGAAACCCUUGGAACGUCGCGAAUCUAAGGAGAAUCGUCCCGAUUUCCUGGUCUUCGAUAAUGAUAACUACCGACCGCAAUCCCGUUCUCCUCUCCGAGAUCGUCCCUCCCGUUCCGCCACCCGUUCUCCAGUGAAACGCAACGAGACUUUCCGGGUGACACAGCCUACAGUGCGUCACAUGUCACCCUCACCGGCGCCUGCUCCCUCAAUCCGCAUCGAGAUCAAGAACUCCAUAUCGCCACACUCUCCUGGGAGAUUUGUUCCCGUUGGUGUGGCCAAGCCGAUGCCCACCACGGAGUACUAUGCCCAAAGAUUGCUGGCCAAUAGGACUAGCAUGAGUCCCAGUCCAGGUCAAUAUCAGGGCUCUCGAUGGUACCGCCAACAGAACUCGCCCACCAGGUUGAGUGUGGGUCAGCAGAAGAAUCACCUCAAUCAGCAGCAGCAGCAGAACCCUUACCAUAAUCAUAGCCAGCAGAACCCGCAGUAUAAUCAUAGUCAGCAGAACCCGCAACUCAAUCAGCAGCAGAAGGGAGGUCGAACCCUGGUCCACAUAGGAUCGGAUCAGAGUAAAGCUAUAGCACCUCCGACCAGGGGAAGGGCCCCCACAAGGGUCCAGCUAUACGGAAGUAAACCGCAGAGUAGACCGCAGCCGGCGACCUACUUCGGGGGCCACUAUAAUGCACCUGUGAAGCCCAUCCCUCGAGCUUCCUCAACUGGAGGUCCCACUGUAUUUCUGGGGCGUCGCGAACCACCAAUGAUGACACGUGCCACCAGCAAUAACAACACCACCGCCCACAUUGCCGCCCCCAUGCCACGUCGCAAUCGAUCGCCGAUCAAAAUGCCCUGGCGGUAGGCGUUAACCGAAUAUAUAUUUAUAUAUAUACGGAGAAUGGAGAGCCAAGAAUGAGUGGAUUACAUAUAUAGCGAAUCUUUCCAAAGUGACAAAGUCACUGAUAUUGCGUCAUUAUCAGAGCUGGGAGCUCAGCUUUGCAAACGCUGUUUUCGCCCAUCCGAUAAUGGGCAAAUAAAUGAUUUAUGUAUCCAUCAGUCCGAACAAUCCGUAUCGUGUGUUGUGAAUUUUUUCUACGUAAAAUUAUUGUUAAGUAAAUAAAAAAACAAAAAAAAAAAUAAACGACAAACAGAUAAUGCAAAAUGUUGGAACCGGCGGGGAACUUUUUAAAUUUUAAUGGCUUCAGCGAAUCCGAAAAAGCACUCGGGGUACUUUUAGUAUAGAGUGUUAGUUGUCACUUUUGAGUUGCCCCCGAAAAGAGUGGAGUGCUCUAAAAAGAAUUGUUAGUUCAACGGAUAUGCGAGCAUAUCGCUUUAUGACUGUAUGACUAACUGUGCAUGAAAAUGAGCGAGCGUUACGUGACAAGCAUUAAAUAUGGUCACUCGAUUGGUCUGAAUGGGGAGGGUGCGGAGAAUGUCUAGUUAGAAAGCAGCUGAUGAGCUUUUGGCCAUAUUUGGUUUAAAAAAAAUAAAUUCGUACUCGCACGCAAAUUAUGGAAUAAAUUGUCUUGCCCCAAGCCAAAACGCAAGGAAAUGGUGAUGUCAGUCGUCUAUCUUUGCGUAUCCAAGUUUUUCACAUUAGGGAUGCAUCGCAAUGGAAACAGGUUCAAAAUAUUUUAACUAUGUUAACUUGGAAGCGAGAUGACUAAGUCAUCCUCAUAAAGGGGGUUGUGGAAUAAAUUGUCCUUCAAUUAGCCUGCACUCAAACCAAUGGUAAAGUCAACGGCCUUUCUAUGCGCUUCUCAAAAAGUUUAGUUUGUAACUACUCGCUCUUUUUUUUUAUAUUUAGAAAUUCGAUUAAAAUUGUUAGAAUUAAUUAUUACUAAUAUAAGCUUACGAUUUGAUUGUACCUGUUGCAGUUUCUGAGUAUAGAUUAUUUUGAUGGCGCAACAAGUUCUAUAUUCUUGUCGUUAAGUUAAUAGCGGCCGGUAUAUUAUUUUUGCUUAUAUUAAAAUUUCUAUAAGUGUGCACAAUAAAAAGUAUAAGAACCA